CGCCGAGCGCUCGCCGCGCCGCUGUCCCGGCAUGUCCCGCAGCCGGGCUCCCCUCAGCGACCGGCCGCUGUAGCGCCUCCGACCCGCGGGCGAGGCAGGGCCGAGGGGGCGGCAAGCGGAGCCGUUGCCCAGGCGCGCCGGACACCGCGCGGUCAUGGGGGGCUCCUGAGGCGGCCGAGCAGAGCGGCGGGGAAGCGGAACGCCUGGUCCCGCGGCCGCCACCAUGGAGGCGCCGCAGCCGCCGCCGCCCGGCGCCCCCAGCGCCGCGGAGCCCGCCGGCUGCCCCAAGGACACCGACCGCCAGCUGCGCCUCCGCCUCUGCGUCCUCAACGAGAUCCUCAGCACCGAGCGGGACUACGUGGGGACCCUCCGCUUCCUGCAGUCGGCAUUUCUUCACCGGAUCCGCCAGAAUGCUGUGGACAAGGCUGAGAAGUACAUAACAGAGGAGAAUGUUAAGAUCUUGUUUUCUAACAUCGAAGACAUUCUUGGUGUUCACAAGGAGUUCCUGGCUGCCCUGGAAUUUUGUUUACAACCAGAACCUCAGUCUCAACAUGAACUAGGAAAUGUUUUCCUAAAAUUUAAAGACAAAUUCUUUGUUUAUGAGGAGUACUGUAGCAACCACGAGAAAGCACUCAGACUGCUGAUGGAAUUGAACAAGAUCCCAACAGUGAGAACAUUCCUCCUGGGUUGCAUGCUUUUGGGAGGCAGAAAGACAACAGACAUUCCACUAGAAGGUUAUCUGCUGACUCCAAUUCAGAGAAUUUGUAAAUAUCCACUUCUGCUUAAGGAAUUAGCAAAGAGAACUCCUUCUAAGCAUCCUGAUCACCCGGCGGUCCAGAACGCAUUGCAGGCAAUGAAGACAGUCUGCUCAAAUAUCAAUGAGACCAAGAGACAGAUGGAGAAACUGGAAGCCCUGGAACAAUUGCAGUCGCACAUUGAAGGAUGGGAGGGGUCAAAUCUGACAGAUAUCUGCACACAGCUCUUGCUCCAAGGGACUUUGUUAAAAAUCUCAGCAGGAAACAUCCAGGAGAGAAUGUUCUUUCUAUUUGAUAAUCUACUGGUCUAUUGCAAGAGGAAAUCCAGAGUUACUGGGAAAAAGCCAUCUAAACGGACAAAGUCAAUCAAUGGGUCCCUUUAUAUCUUCAGGGGCCGAAUAAAUACAGAAGUUAUGGAGGUGGAGAAUGUGGAAGAUGGAACAGCAGAUUACCACAGCAACGGCUACACUGUGACAAAUGGCUGGAAGAUACACAACACAGCCAAAAACAAAUGGUUUGUCUGUAUGGCCAAGACUGCAGAAGACAAACAGAAGUGGCUGGAUGCUAUAAUCAAGGAAAGGGAGCAGAGAGAAAGCUUGAAACUGGGCAUGGAGAGGGAUGCAUACGUCAUGAUUGCAGAGAAAGGAGAGAAACUGUACCAAAUGAUGAUGAGCAAGAAAGUGAAUCUUAUCAAAGACAGGAGGAGAAAAUUAAGUACUGUUCCCAAGUGCUUUCUUGGCAAUGAGUUUGUAUCAUGGCUCACAGAGAUUGGAGAGAUAAGCAAACCAGAGGAAGGGGUCAACCUGGGACAGGCACUAUUGGAAAAUGGAAUCAUUCAUCAUGUUUCAGAUAAGCACCAGUUUAAGAAUGAGCAGGUGAUGUACAGAUUUCGCUAUGAUGAUGGAACGUACAAGCCAAGGAGUGAAUUGGAAGACAUCAUGUCCAAGGGUGUUAGGCUCUACUGCCGACUACACUGCCUAUAUACUCCAGUGGUCAAAGACCGUGACUACCACUUAAAGACCUACAAAUCAGUAAUCCCUGCAAGUAAACUAGUGGAUUGGCUUAUUGCCCAGGGAGACUGUCAGACUCGGGAAGAAGCUGUCGCACUGGGUGUUGGACUCUGCAAUAACGGCUUCAUGCAUCAUGUCCUGGAGAAAAGUGAAUUUAAGGAUGAAUCCUUAUAUUUCCGCUUUUAUGCUGAUGAGGAGAUGGAAGGCACCAGUUCCAAGAGCAAACAAUUACGUAAUGACUUCAAACUCGUGGAAAACAUCCUGGGAAAGAGUCUUCUGAUUUUACCAGAAGAGGAUGACUAUGGAUUUGACAUAGAAGAAAAGAACAAAGCAAUUGUGGUGAAGUCAGUUCGACGAGGGUCUUCUGCAGAGAUGGCUGGCCUGCAAACAGGAAGAAAAAUCUAUUCCAUCAAUGAGGAUUUAAUAUUCCUCCGCCCCUUUUCAGAAGUGGAAACCAUCUUAAACCAGUCCUUCUGCUCACGGAGGCCCCUGAGGCUUCUGGUAGCCACCAAAUCAAAAGAGAUUAUUAAAGUCCCAGAUUGUCCUGAAGCACUUUGCUUUCAGAUACGAGGAGCAGCACCACCAUAUGUUCAUGCAGUAGGAAGAGGUUCUGAGGCUGCAGCUGUAGGCCUUCAUCCAGGGCAGUGUAUUUUGAAAGUUAAUGGGAAUAAUGCAACCCAUGGGAAUUAUAUGGAAGUUCUGGAGCACUUUACAGCCUACAGGACCAGGCAACAAGAAGCACUGGGAUUGUACCAAUGGGUGUACAGAACACAUGAAGAUGCUGAAGAGGACAGAGUUCAGCAAGCAGCAUCCACUGCAUAUCUAAAUGGCAGUCAUCCUGACUCCAGCAAAGAAGACUCUUCCCUGGAAGGAGCUGCAGAAUUGGAAUCUCUUCAAAAUAGCCAGCAAGAAUCAGCCCAGACGCCACAGAUCAUCAGCUCUCCACUGGUCAUUGGUGAAGAAACACCUCUCAUUAGCCUGACUGUGGAUAACACCCACCUGGAGCAUGGGGUGGUGUAUGAAUAUGUCAGCAGUGCAGGAAUCAAAUCCUUUGUCCUGGAGAAAAUUGUGGAACCAAAGGGUUGCUUCAAUCUCACUGCAAAGAUUUUAGAGGCCUUUGCUGCAGAGGACAAUCACUUCGUAAAGAAUUGCAAGAGACUCAUAUCCCUCAGCAGUGCUGUGGCCACCAUGCCCCAGUAUGAGUUCCGGCAGAUCUGUGACACUAAGCUGGAAAGCAUUAGCAGAAGGCUCACAAACUACCAAGAGUUUGCAGAUGAACUGAAAACAAAGGUGAGCCCAGCCUUCAAACAAGCUGUCAUGGAACCACAUUCCCUCAACAGCAUGGAUUUUUGCCCCACCAACUGCCACAUCAACCUCAUGGAGGUGUCUUACCCCAAAAACACUACCUCAGCAGGGAGGUCGUUCAGCAUUCGCAUUGGACGGAAACCUUCUAUUAUUGGUCUUGAUCCAGAACAAGUAGGUACCUUAAAUCCAGUCUCAUAUACUCAACAUUGCAUCACCACUAUGGCUGCACCAUCCUGGAGAUGUCUGACCCCAGAAGAUGGAGAUCUUGAUGGUAGCUUUGGCCAGCAGAAUGGAGGAACAAUUCAGGAAGAAAGGGGACUCGGUUUUCUGCUGAAACAGGAAGAUCGAGAGAUACAAGACUCAUACUUACACCUUUUUAACAAACUUGACAUCGCAGUGAAGGAAAUGAAGCAAUAUGUCAUUCAGAUAAAUAAACUUCUGUCCACCAUAACAGAACCUACAGAAGGUGGUGCCUGUGAGCCACCAUCUACUGAGGAGACCUCUCCACCCUCCCUGGGAACAGAAGAGGGUGAUCCUGACAAAGCUGAGCAUGGUGGAAUCAAGAAAGUCUGUUUCAAAGUUUCUGAGGAGGACCAGGAAGACUCUGGACAUGACACAAUGAGUUUCAGAGAUUCCUACAGUGAGUGUAACAGUAACCGGGACUCGGUGUUGUCAUACACCAGCGUACGGAGCAACAGCUCUUACCUGGGCAGUGAUGAGAUGGGAUCAGGAGAUGAGCUUCCUAAUGAUAUGAGAAUUCCUUUAGACAAACAAGACAAACUUCAUGGCUGUCUGGAACAUCUAUUUAACCAGGUUGAUGCAAUCAAUGCACUUCUAAAAGGACCAGUAAUAACCAAGGCCUUUGAAGAAACCAAGCACUUUCCAAUGGACCACAGUUUGCAAGAAUUUAAACAGAAGGAAGAAACCACAGUGAGGUGCCGCAAUAAUAUCCAAGCCAGCAUUCAGGAAGAUCCAUGGAACCUUCCUCUGCGCAUCAAGAACCUUGUUGAAAUCAUACAGAAACACGUAGAAGAUGGGAAAAAUCAGCUGCUUUUGGCCUUGUUAAAAUGCACAGAUACUGAGCUACAGCUGAGACGUGAUUCCAUCUUCUGUCAGUCUCUUGUGGCUGCUAUUUGCACCUUUUCAGAGCAAUUGCUGGCUGCACUCAACUAUCGAUACAACAACAACGGGGAAUACGAAGAGAGCAGCAGAGACGCCAGCAGAAAAUGGCUGGAACAGAUAGCAGCCACUGGUGUUUUACUGAACUACCAGUCUCUUCUCUCCCCCACUGUGAAGGAGGAGCGUACCAUGCUGGAAGACAUCCAUGUCACUCUGAUUGAACUGGACAAAGUUGCCUUCUAUUUCAAGCAACUAGAUGAAAGUCUUGUAGCAAAUACUCAUGUCUUCUACCACAUCGAAGGAAGUCGUCAGGCCUUGAAGGUUAUCUUUUAUCUUGACAGCUACUACUUCUCCAAACUGCCAUCUCGGUUUCAGAAUGGGGGAAGCUUGAAACUACACACGGUGCUCUUUACAAAAGCUCUGGAGAGUACAGAAGGGCAAUCACAACCAGUUGGCUCACUUCUGGAAGAACUGCCACAGCAAAUUAAUAGCGUUUCACUUGAAAAAGUGCAGCAAUACUACCGUAAACUCAGGACAUUUUACCUAGAGAGAUCAAACUUGCCCACUGAUUCCAAUACUACUGCAGUGAAGAUUGACCAGCUUAUUCGCCCCAUUAAUGCAAUGGAUGAGCUUUGCAGGCUGAUGAAGUCUUUCAUUAAUACUAAACCAACCCAGUCAGGAUAUUCUGUCAGCCACACAUCAGGAGCUGGCCUGCUACCUAUAUCCUCUGAGCUCUGUUACCGACUUGGAGCCUGUCAGAUCACUAUGUGUGGCACUGGGAUGCAGAGGAGCACGCUGAGCGUGUCGCUGGAGCAGGCAGCCAUCCUGGCCCGCAGCCACGGGCUGCUGCCCAAGUGCAUCAUGCAAGCUACAGACAUCAUGCGAAAGCAAGGACCAAGGGUUGAAAUCUCUGCCAAGAAUCUGAAAGUGAUGGACCAAAUGCCACAGUGUGCACCUCGACUCUAUAGGUUGUGCCAGCCACCUACAGAUGGAGAUUUAUAAAAGUGAGAGAGGCAGCUCCACUGCAACGUCAUUAAAGCAUCCAAGGACGAGCAGCCCCGUGUGAGGACCCGCACUAACCACUGAUGGUGCUGAGGCAGGAAGGACAAGGUACUGCUCUGGUUUCCAUGGGGCUGAACCUGCUGGACCCAGGCACUGGGAAUCUGCCUUCCAACUCCUGCAGCAUGUGCAGGAUUCUUGUAUUGCUUUGACUUCCUGAAGGAAUUCUUGAACCAAGCACCACGGAGCUAAGGUGGAUGUUACAGCCUGGAACAGUGACAGUUGUACUUCAAGAACAGGUGGUGUUGCUGGUGACUUGUUUGUGCAGCCACCUGGAAGUUGUGGACUUCAAGAUUUGGUUUGGUGAAGAGAAUCCAGAACGAUGCCCCUCUCCUUGUACCACGACUGGCAUCCAUUCCAUUGCCAGCAUAGUUCUGGUCAGUGUCCCUGAGCAGCAGCUUCACAAACACCACUUUUUCAUGAACUGGCCUGCACUUUCCAACAACAAAUAGCACAAUCUAUGGUUUAUUCAAAUAUGGACAGAACGAAUUUCUUCUGGAGCAAUUUUCCACUUCAGCCCAGUGAGAAUCAAUCUCUCUAUGCUGCAGACUAUACAUUCCAUAGUACUUCCUAACAUCACUUCAUUUUACUUACUGUAGCUUUCAGGUUUUUGAUUAACUCUUUUUACUAAUGCCCUAUUAUGCACUCUAGAAAUACAGACCUAUUUAAGAGGAGAGAUUGGGAGUGAAGGAUUUGAAAGGAAACUUUACAAAGGAAAAAAAUACAGUCUUAUAAUCUGAUUAUUUGAACAGAUGUAGUUUUUAAAACAGGUCAGAAGAACUAUACUUAUUUAUGUGGAGUGGAAUAUGUGUUUUCGAUCAUGUUAUUAUAUAUACAAGAUUUAAAUAAAAAUUAUAUUGUUUAAAAUGGGACCAAGAUGCUGGCAGUUACACAGCUGCUCCCAGUUUACUGAAAAAAAGAAAUCUACAUUAUUUAAAACCUUUCAAUAUUUAAGUAGUCUUUAAUACAGUUAUUAAGAUGUAUUAGGGAUGCUCUUAAGUUAAAAGGAUAAAAGGAAUCAUGUAUAUAAUGUACUUUAUUUUUUCUUGUUUGAAAAAUUGUUCUGCAUCCUGUCAGUAUUAUCCUAAGCACAGUAAUGUUAUCCAAGUUACUGGCUGAAACUGAUUGAAACAUGUCAGCAGUCUCAGGACCGAAAUCGUCAUCUUCUAGAGCGAGUGCCUUAACACAACCACCCAUCCCAAACGCCUUUCUGCUCUGGCAGGCGGCAGGAGGAGGGUAUGCAGAAACUGCCCUUUCCUUGGCUUCUCCACAGCCUCAUUUAGAGCAGUUCCUGCUUAGGGGACCCAGGAGCGCUUUGCAGUGAUGGAUAUUCUAGAAAAUAAAGGUUUGGGGUUGUUACUUGUGAUGCUGUUUGGUUUUCAGCUGGUUUCAUUUUGUUCUAUUAACAUCCACCCCACUCAAACUGAAAUUAGACUUUUCCCAUUUGGAUAUGAAGGUCUCUUGCUUUUUUUUCCUGGUAACUUCCACACAACAUGGCUGAGAGAGUUUGGGGGCACAGGUUGUUCUGAACCUUGUUUCUUUUUAGGGGUUUUUUUUGUCUUCACUCACAGACUGAAGUAAUUUGGAAUGCAUUUUGGUUCUUCUCUUACUUUUACCUGUUUCCUCUGACCUACAGCAACCUCUUACAGGCAAGUAGGACAACCCAUCCCUGGCCAGCUGUGGCCACAGGGGUUUGUUACCAAGCAGAUGUACAGAUCAUUAUUCCAAUGUGCUUUUGGGUUAAUUGGGGAAGAGUUAUUCUUGCCCUGUGCUGUUUGAAGAAGAGAUGGAUAUUUCUUUACUAAAUCCUCAACUUAAAAUGUACUUAGUAUAAUAACAACUGUAGGAACACCCCAAAAUCAAAGGAGCACGCAGGCCCAAUCCUCCCUUUGUCUGCAUCAGCUCUGCUCAGGGAGCUGCAGCAGUUCCCACAGCCCAGGGAGGAUCCUGGCCCACGCUCAGGCAGUCUCUGUAACCAGCAGAGAGUCAUGGAAGGGUAUUGAAGGGCAUUGACACUGUGCACUGUUUUACAUCCAAAUGUAUAUGCUAUUCUCAUUGAAAAUGUGAUAGAAGUUUUUAUUAUUAAAAGUUGGUUUACAUUAUAAGGAAAGAAAGUAUGAUCUUAUUUUUCUGUUAUAGCCUUUAGUUCCUUUGCUCUCUUAAAUUCUAUUGAACAGGUUAAGUUCUGAUAUUUUUAUGGAGCAAUGAGGAGUCAGAAGCUUAAACUCUAAGGGAAAAGUUGCUUUUGAUGGCAGCUCAAACUGGCAGUAUAGAGCUAAAAACUCUUCCCUCUUGUGCAGUGUCAGCUACUGAUGUGGUUUCUCUGGAGACUUGCUAUUAAAGUAGAAAAGAGAAAUUCUUUUGAUGCUGUAAAAUUGGAGAAUUUGAAUCCAGUGCUGGGUAAAAAAAAGCAGGUUUAAGUGGAAAAUAAGAGGGCAAUGUACAAGCCAACCUGCAAGGAGAGAGUAGAUUAGGUCUGCAGAAUUUCCAUGGCUAAAAGCAAAGUGAGAAUCAGACCUGCAACCCUGAGCAAGUGCAGACUUCAUAGAUCUGAAGCAUCUGAGAGAUACCAUGGAAGUGUGGAAAACAUGGAAAACAGUCAAGAUGGAGAAAAGGGAAACCAGCAGCAUGCUGAUGAGGUGUGGAAGGAGCUGGCUAAAGGAAAGAAGGCUACAUUAAAAAGAAAGUGGGGGUUGGGUGGCGAAGGCAAGUGGGAUUUCUUAUGUAUUGGUCUUGUAACUGAAUUUGCUUAGAGUUUUCAUCAAUCACUGAAGCACAGAUAGGAGGAGGCUGGGGUCGAUGUUAAAUUGAGAGGCACUAAUCUGGAGAAGGAUCUGGUUACACACACAAAAAAACCCUGGAAGAAUGCUGAAGGGGAGGAAAGGAAUGGGAUAAAAUUUUACAGCACAAAUAUUAGCUCAUACACCUGAAGAUUAAGUGAAGUAAUUUGCUAUAUUCCUUGUUAAUUGAUAAUAAAAAGACUUUGGUUAUAAAGUUUGUUACAAAAUGGCUCUGAUGCAAUUUGAUAGACUCAAAGGAUCUGGCUGUUAGGAGACAAAUUUCCAGUUGGGAUGGAGAAGCAUUCAGGCCAUUGUGCAGUGGCCAAAUAAUUAAGUAAAAUUACAGCAGCUGCAUGUUAAGGGAAGAUACUAAAGUGGUAUCAGUAAAGUGGAUACAGUUCUGUAAGAGAAGACCAGAAGAACUUGACUUAUUUAGCCUAAAACACAAGUAUAGCUGAUGUCUUUCUAACAAGAUAAUAAUGAAAAAGGUAAAGACAGUUCAAUCUAAAUAUAACCAGCAGGAGAAAAAGGACUAUGAGCAUCCAGGGAUAAAUAUGGGCUGAAAAUUAGUUGUUCUGGACCCUGGAAAUGGACUUUUUUCCCAAUGAUACUGUGACCAAAAAAUAAUACCAUUCACAAAGAGGCUUUUAAAAGGUGAAGCAGUGGUGGCCAGAGUGGCUGGAGAGCCUCUGAGUGGGGCCGUUCCCAGUCCAGCCCCAUGUGGCUGCAGAAGCUGUUUGGCUGUGACACGAGACAGUCUGAACAGUCACUGCUUUGGCUGAGUGGAAAAAAAGGUGGGGAAAAAGAUAAACAUCACCAGGAAACAUAUUAAAAACCUCUGCUUUUAAUUCCCAUAACUAUAUUGAGAGCAUCUGAAAGAUGACUGAGUAUAUAUUUGAUCUGCCCCAUUCCAGGAUUCAGAAGUACUAUGCAUUGAUGCCAUCAAGGAACCUAAUUUAACAUAUUUCAUUUCAUUAGGGAAAGAUGAGAAACUUGUAUUUAUGUGUGAAGUUUCUUUGACUCCCUUCUCUUCAGCAGUUCCUGCUUGAAGAAUAUCAGAAUUGAGGACAGAAGGGAACGUUAGGUGAAUCCCAUUUUUAAGAUAUGGUCUUGGCAAGAGGAUGUUCAGUUGGAAUUUCAGAGUAGCAUCCUUUAGUUUCUACAAGAAUUGAUCAUUCUUUUAUCAAGCAGUUUGGCAUAAGGAUAAUAAUGUUUAUAUAAAGGUCCUUCUAACUGUCAGUGUGUGUACCCUGAGAAUCAGGCUCUGAUGUGCUCUUGCAGUCACUGUGCCAGAGGAAGGAUCUGUUGGUACCUGGACUCCAAGCAGUUGAGUGGGUUACACCUUUGGGUUCUGACACCUCCAGUGGCUUCACUGCUGCAUUCAGGAGCAAGCUGGUUCUCUCAGAGCAAUAGGUUUGCUUUUUGUAGUUAACCUUUCACAGAUGUUUCUAGACGAGCUAAGACCACAAGAUGAAAAUCGCUGCACUAGUACACCACAGAACAACUAACUUAUUGAAAUGGACAGAGAGCUUUGGAAAGGCCUUUACUUUUGCCCUUUUUACAGAGGGUAGGAAUGGCCACAGCAUGACUAUAGGUUAGACCAAAUUUAAGAGGCUUUUAACACUUAAUUGAGGAUCAGCUGCAGGAGCUCAAGUAAGGUUGCUGUAGCAUUGCUGCAUUUACAGCUGGGUUUGCACCUGAGAUCAGUUACCUCCUCUGGGCAGGGGGCAAUUCUGAAAGGACACAAGCUGUAUAGAAUGUUUUUGCAUGAAACAGAACUUUUAGGGAAAUGUUCCAGAGAUGAUAUUUUUAUAUCAGUUGGUGGGAUUGGCAUUUUCAAAUGUUUUGUAAAAAGAAAAAGAAUGUACAGAAUAUUUGACAGGGUUUUUCCAGUUAAGUUUGAGGGUUUCUAGUGUACUAAUAGUGUUAUAUUUUUCCUCAUGUGUCUGUAUUUUUAACUGAACACAUGUACCCUGCAUUAAGAUAAAAGUCUUAAUAUAA